GAGCUGCUGCUCCCGGCUGGUGGGAGGGCGCGGGUUGCGGCCUGGACUGUGAUCUUAAAAAGAUGGCUGGAGCUGGGGGGGAGGCCACCCGGACCGCAGGGUGGCCGCCCGUGGUACGCCUGGGGCGCAGAGCCGGCCGGGACCUAGCAGCGCUGCAGAGCUUAGAUUUACAGUCAGAGAACUGGAGGGGCAGACGGACAGAAUCACCUCCAACCUUCACCCUUUAUGAAUAAUCCAAUUCGCGUGACUGUUGUGUGUAUAUGAUUUUAUUCCACUAGGCGUGAGGUAUUCUGAAAAAUUUCAAAAGCAGACAGUCGUGGUAAUUGUCUACUCCUCGACUGGUGCAGUUAUUUUUGUGAUACUGGUAUAGAACCUUGCGCAUGGUAGGCAGCACUUGCUCUUCCCCAACGCCGUCUACUCGUUCUGAAGUUUUUAUUUCAGUUAGUUGUGUUUUACUUUAGGAAUAAAUGGAGAUAAGCUUCUUACCAAGCCUUACUCCCAGAAAUCCUGAAACAACUUGGCAUCGUUUUCGCUUUUGUCUAUUUUUGUGAAAGUACUUAUAUUUCCACCGAGAACAGGCAAUUCACUGGAGGGCAGGCUUUCGACUGUCACACUUAAAUUCUUAAAAUAUGUAGUAUUUACUUAUGGUAGUUUGUGUUAAUAAUGAUGGCUUAUUCCUUAGGUUCACUCCAUAAAGGAGUUAUUACUUGAGACACUUGUAAAUCUUUUGUAUAAGCUAUGAUGGCAUCUACUGGUGAUACGGAGAUCUGUAAGAACCAGGAGGAAGUUUUGAAAAUGAAGAUGGAAGAAGAGUGUAAGUAUACCACCAGACAAGAUUGGAGCCUACAAAAGAACACUUACAACAGAGAAGUCUUUCGAAAGUGCUUCAGACAGUUUUGCUACCAGGAAACAUCUGGACCCCGGGAGGCUUUGGGCCGACUCCGAGAACUUUGCUGUCAGUGGCUGAGACCCGAGACCCACACCAAAGAACAGAUCCUGGAGUUGCUGGUGCUGGAGCAGUUCUUGACCAUCCUGCCUAGGGAGCUGCAGGCUUGGGUGCAGGAGCAGAACCUGGAGAAUGGGGAGGAGGUAGUGACUGUGCUGGAGGAUUUAGAGAGAGAGCUUGAUGAACUAGGAUACCGGGCUUCAACACAAACUGAAGAACAGAAAAUAUUUUUGCAGGAGCUGAAGCCUUUAGGGGCAGAGCUAGAACCCAGUGCGUCCCUUGGACUUGUGAAAGCCAAGCUGAGGUGUGAACCUGCAGAAUGUGAAGCCCAAGAGGAGCAAGUUUCAGGUGUGGAGACGGGAAAUGAGUCCAGGAAUGGAACUCUGAAGCAAGGCCUUUCGGAAGGAAUGGAAGCAGAACAGAAUACUUCAAGCAGAUUAGCAAAAGAUGCACUCCAGUGUGAGGAAACCCAUGGCCCUGGAGAGGAGCCUUCUGGAGCUCCCAGGAAGGACAACUGGCUUCUGCGUAAUAAAAAUGGUGCUGAACACCAGAACAUCUGUCCAGGGAGGAAAUUGCAUCGAUGUGAUGACUGCGGAAAAUCUUUCAGUCAGCAUUCACGCCUCGUAGAACAUAAAAGGGUCCACACUGGAGACCGGCCCUACAAAUGUGAGCAGUGUGGGAAAACUUUCCGAUGGAGGACUGUGCUUGCUCGACACAAGGUGGUCCACACUGGAGAGAAACCAUACAAGUGUAAUGAGUGUGGCAGGGCCUUUGGCCAGUGGUCAGCUCUCAACCAACACCAGAGGCUUCACUCAGGAGAAAAGCACUACCACUGUACUGAGUGUGGCAAGGCCUUUUGCCAGAAAGCAGGCCUCUUUCACCAUCUCAAGAGCCACAAAAGAAACAGACCUUGUUAGUGUCUUCAGUGUAAUAAAAGUUUUAAUUGCCAUUCCACACCUACUCAGCACCAAGGAGUUCACACUGGUGCAAAACCCUGUGAGUGCAGUGAGUGUGGGAAAGCUUUUGUUUAUAACUCAUCUCUUGUUACCCAUCAGGAAAUGCACCACAAGGAAAAACCCUUCACUCAAAGUGGUCUUACUCAGCAUCAGAGAAACCACACCAGGGAGAAGCCUUACAUGUGUGAUAUCUGUGGGAAAGCUUUUGUUCAAAACUGAAGUCUUACAGAACAUGAGCAAAUUCCUACUGGAGAGAGAGCCUAUAAAUGUGCUGAGUGUGGGAAGGCCUUUACUCAGAGGUCAGUCCUCAUGAAACAUCAGGGAAUGCACGCUGGGCAGAAACCCCACAAAUGUGAUGAGUGCAAGAAUGCCUUUCCAGGAAGCACUAGCUUCAUUCAGCAUCAGGGAAUCCACACUGGGGAGAAACCCUACAAAUGUGAUAAGUGUGGCAAGACCUUCAGACAGAGGUCAGGCCUUAGGAAGCACCAGAGAAUUCAUAAUAGAAGUGCUCCCUGUAAGUGUAAGGAGUGGGGAAUUGUUCAGGCAGAACUCCACUCAUCAUCAGACUACUCACAAAGGAGCAAAAACUAUUUCUGUGUGAGGACUGCAGGGAAGCCAUCUCAGAGUGCAGGACGACGAGAAAUACUAUAUUUAUAAUGCUUUGUGGCAACCCUUCAGCUGAUGAUACUGUAAGAAGACCAUAAAUAUUUGAUGAGCACCCACUGUGUACUGUUCAUUGUAUCGGGGCAAUGAAGGAAAGAGUCUGUUACCAGACUUCUUAGAGCAUUUACAGCCCAGCCUGGGAUGUGAAAAUCUGCCAUAGUUAAUUGAAAAGACUAGUUAAAAAGGACAGUGGAAUUGAUGCUCAGGUUGUUUAGAGUUAAAAUAGGAGAGAGUAAGUAUUAUAAAUUCUGAAGAACAGAUAAUUUGUAUACCUGGUCAGGGAAGAGUUCCUGAAAGAUUUGAUUGAAAAUAAGGGUAUGAUGGAUGGAUUUGGAAAGGCAGAAGGGAGAAACACAUGUAGGUAAAACAGGUGAGCAGAAGCAAGGAUGUGGGGCGUUUGGAAGCGUCAGUGAUGAAACUAGCCAUCCUACUAGAGGGUUGAUUUGAGUCUCACCUGAUGGGUGUUAGUUGGCAAUAGCUUGGAGGUAGAGCAGGAGAGCUGUAUGCUGGCGGUGCUAGGCAACACUGGAGUGCGUGGACACCGAGCUCCUCUCAUCUGUCUCUAAACACCGUGAGUAGGUUUUAGGAGUAAUGUGGUUGUACAUGCUUGUCUAUCCCAGCACUUGUGGUGCUGAGGCAGGAGGUUAGGAGUUCAGUGCUAUCUUUGGUUACUUAGGGAGUUCAAGGCGAGACUGAGCGACAUGAGACCUCAA